GUGGUAUUGAGCCGGGACGCAACUGAAAACCUAGAGCCGACCAUUCUGUCCAAGCACGACCAGAUUUUUCGUAAGAAAAAAAGCAACGAAAAGCUUAAUAAGUUAACGAACGAGCGUAGUUUGAGACAAGGAAAGCCAAAUCUGGAAUCGACGGCGACGGGAAUCGAGUGCCACUGGUUGUGGACUUAGAUUCUAAAUUAAGACAUAAUUCUUCUUCAAAAUCAAAUUACAUGGAAUAAGAGGAGUGGAAUUGAGUUUGGAGAAGCAAAAAUGGGUUCUGAUGCAGAGAAGAUGCAGAGCUGGGCGAGUGUGGUGGCCACCUUCCUGGCCGUGGCUGUAGGUGUUUCGUUCGUCAGCGUAUAUGUAGCAACAAAUCAAUACGGUAAUGACGUGCCCUGGGGUUUGUCUCGGCGGAGGAAGAAGAAGCCCGUGCGUGUCUACAUGGACGGCUGCUUCGACAUGAUGCAUUACGGCCACUGCAAUGCUCUCCGGCAAGCACGUGCUCUCGGCGACCAUUUGGUGGUAGGCGUUGUCAGCGACGCUGAAAUCAUCGCCAACAAGGGGCCCCCGGUUACCCCUCUCCACGAGAGAUUGAUCAUGGUUCGUGCUGUCAAGUGGGUGGACGAGGUCGUUGAGGAUGCACCUUAUGCCAUUACCGAAGAUUUCAUGAAGAAAUUGUUCGGCGAAUACGACAUCGAUUACAUCCUUCACGGGGACGAUCCUUGUGUUCUCCCGGAUGGAAGUGACGCUUAUGCCCUUGCCAAGAAGGUUGGUCGCUACAAGCAGAUUAAGCGCACUGAAGGAGUAUCUAGCACCGACAUCGUCGGUCGUAUGCUUCUAUGUGUGAGAGAGAGAUCGAUUAUUGAGAAACACAAUCAUUCUUCCCUGCAAAGACAGUUCAGCCACGGUCACGGCCAGAAAUUUGAAGUUGGUGGAUCUGGUAGUGGAACUCGUGUUUCCCAUUUUCUUCCAACAUCCUGCAGAAUUGUUCAAUUUUCCAAUGGAAAGGGCCCAGGACCAGAUGCGCGCAUUGUCUAUAUAGAUGGUGCAUUUGAUCUUUUCCAUGCUGGACAUGUUGAGAUUCUUAGAGUUGCUCGAGGGCUGGGAGAUUUUCUUCUUGUUGGGAUACACAAUGAUCAGACUGUCAGCUCUAAACGUGGAGCACACCGCCCCAUAAUGAAUCUGCACGAAAGAAGCUUGAGUGUUUUGGCUUGUCGCUAUGUAGAUGAGGUGAUAAUUGGUGCUCCACGGGAAGUGUCUAAAGACGUGAUCACAACAUUUGACAUCUCCCUUGUUGUUCAUGGAACCGUAGCAGAGGGCAAUGACUUUCUGGAGGAAAAAGAUAAUCCAUAUGCUGUUCCAAUUAGUAUGGGUAUCUUUAGAGUUCUGGAGAGCCCUUUGGAUAUUACAACUUCCACCAUAAUUAAGAGGAUUGUCGCAAAUCACGAGGCAUACGAGAAACGUAAUGAGAAGAAGGCGGCCAGUGAGAAAAAGUAUUAUGAAGAGAAAACUUUCGUGUCUGGUGAUUGAUUGAUGUCGGGUCAUCUCGGCACACAUACAAGGCACAUUUUGUCUAGCUAUUAUUUAUUGCCAUAGAUGAUAGAACUAACAUUUGUAGUUUACUUUGUGAGAGCAUUUGGACUGAGAUUCCCCUUGCAGACCUGCUGAUUCCAUUGAGAAGACACUCAGCAUAUUUCCUAGGGUUUGCAAUUUUGCGUGUACUUGCUGUAAUGCGAAUGCAGUUUUUUCUUCCCACCUUUUUGCAGGAUAGAUUUUUGAAGAGAAGGAAAACAGUAUUCCUAUGGUGAUUCUUUUUUCCCCCUCCCUUUCUUAAAGGCGCAGGUUUCCAUUUGGAGUUGAUGUUUGAAUGGAUUGACCAUAGUUCCGGAUAUACAUAUUUUUUCAUUAAUGACUCUUUCUUGCGAGCAUU